GCCGCUGCACCGGCCUAGCUACGCGCCGCUGCCGACGCCACCAGGGAUGGGGCUGCGGCCGUCGUCGUCGGAGCGGGGGCUCAGGCUGGCAGAGCUGCCCGAGCCGCCGCUCUCCGUCUCCGAGAUCGGGCCCAUUCCGCCGCCGCCCAUGUUCUCCAACGGGGACUGGCAGGAUGAAACGGUCGCCUCCCCGCCGCCGCCGCCGACGACGACGACCACCACCACGACUACGACGACGACGUCGACGAUGGGUGGAGACGACCCGAGCUGCGGAGAAUUUUGUGGGGAAGAGGUGACCUGCGUGGAGUACGAUGACGACGACGAUGAGUACUACCCGAUGGCCGCGGCUGAGGAGGUACCCGCGCGCCAGCCACGCUUCGACCUCAAGCCGCUCAAGUCGGCGCUCAAGAAGAUGCGACCGCCGACCGGAGAUACGACGCCGCCGCCCCACCCGCCUCACUGA